AGCCAAACACGGCCUUAUAAACAAAUUUACUUUACAAUUACCAUUUUUUCCUUCCCCACUUUGAGAUAUAUUAUCCGAUCUUCAAAAAAAAUUUCACAUUUCACAACCCAAAAACCCUAAUUUACUCCAUUAUCAGUUCAGAAUUUGAAAUCUGACCCGUUCAAAUAAUCCCAUUUCCAUUAGAACCAUUCAAAUAAGUAUUUUUGCAUUGGAAUUAGAAGAAGGAUUCGAUUUACCAUGGCGAUGAUUGAUGAACCUUUGUAUCCAAUCGCUGUGUUGAUCGACGAAUUGAAGAACGAAGACAUUCAGCUCCGCCUGAACUCGAUCCGGCGGCUUUCCACGAUCGCUCGUGCCCUUGGAGAGGAAAGAACACGGAAAGAGCUGAUUCCGUUUCUGAGCGAGAACAAUGACGACGACGAUGAGGUGCUGCUUUCUAUGGCGGAGGAAUUGGGGGUAUUUGUGCCCUAUAUCGGCGGUGUUGAGCAUGCCAACGUGUUACUGCCUCCCCUCGAAGGGCUUUGCAGCGUCGAGGAGACAUGUGUUAGGGAUAAAGCUGUGGAGUCGCUCUGUAGAGUUGGAUCUCAAAUGAGGGAAGCUGAUUUGCUUGAAUACUUUAUUCCACUCGUAAAGAGGCUAGCUGCGGGUGAGUGGUUUACAGCUAGAGUUUCGUCUUGUGGAUUGUUUCAUAUUGCUUAUCCAUCAGCUUCGGAGGCGUUAAAAACUGAGUUAAGAACUAUAUACAGCCAAUUAUGUCAAGAUGACAUGCCUAUGGUGAGGAGAGCUGCUGCAACGAAUCUCGGGAAGUUUGCUGCUACAGUUGAACCAUCUUAUUUGAAGACUGACAUCAUGUCAAUGUUUGAGGAUUUGACUCAUGAUGACCAAGAUUCUGUUCGCCUGUUGGCUGUUGAAGAUUGUGCUGCCCUUGGGAAGCACUUGGAUCCCCAAGAUUGUGUUGCUCAAAUUCUCCCUGUCAUCGUUAAUUUCUCUCAGGAUAAGUCUUGGCGAGUUCGUUAUAUGGUUGCUAACCAACUGUAUGAAUUAUGUGAAGCUGUUGGACCAGAGGCCACAAGGACGGAUUUGGUUCCUGCAUAUGUCCGGCUACUUCGAGACAAUGAAGCUGAAGUCCGUAUAGCUGCUGCAGGAAAAGUAACCAAGUUCUGCCGUAUUUUGAGCCCCGAACUUGCAGUCCAGCAUAUCCUUCCUUGUGUGAAGGAAUUGUCAUCGGACUCGUCCCAGCACGUUCGUUCUGCCUUGGCAUCAGUCAUCAUGGGAAUGGCACCUGUUUUAGGGAAGGAUGCAACUAUAGAGCAGCUCCUGCCUAUUUUCCUUUCUCUUCUGAAGGAUGAGUUCCCUGAUGUUCGGCUGAACAUUAUUAGCAAGCUUGAUCAAGUGAACCAGGUGAUUGGAAUUGAUCUGCUUUCCCAGUCUCUUUUGCCAGCUAUUGUAGAGCUUGCAGAAGAUAGACAUUGGAGAGUUCGACUUGCAAUUAUCGAGUACAUACCGUUAUUGGCUAGUCAGUUGGGUGUUGGGUUCUUUGAUGAUAAGCUUGGUGCUCUUUGCAUGCAAUGGCUGAAAGACAAGGUUUACUCAAUUCGGGAGGCAGCUGCAACUAAUGUUAAGCGACUUGCAGAAGAAUUUGGUCCAGAAUGGGCAAUGCAGCACAUUAUUCCACAGGUUUUGGAGAUGAUUACAGACCCACAUUACCUUUACCGGAUGACCAUCCUUCAUGCAAUUUCACUUCUUGCUCCUGUAAUGGGUUCUGAAGUUACCUGCUCUAAACUUCUACCCGUAAUUGUUGAGGCAGCUAAAGACAGAGUACCAAAUAUGAAGUUCAAUGUCGCAAAAGUCCUGCAGUCUCUCAUUCCGAUUGUUGAUGAGUCUGUAAGUCGACUUCAAUUCUCUUAGUAUUCGACUUCACAUUUUUCCUCUUUCUGAGUGAAGUUCCAGGUUUUGUGGUUGAAAUUUACUAUAGUAUAAAAUAUUUCCGCUAUUAUAUGAAGCUCUUGCUAACAAAAAGGUUUCUUUAACACAGGUUGUGGAGAAGUCAAUCCGACCCUGUCUUGUUGAGUUAAGUGAAGAUCCAGAUGUCGAUGUGAGAUAUUUUGCAACUCAAGCCCUUCAGUCAACAACAGAACAGGUUAUGAUGUCAAGCUAAAAGCGACGUAUGAAUGAGGCGUUUUUCCUAUUUACAGUUAGCGAUUUUUGAUGCAACAGUUGUGUUUUGUCGUAGGUUGUUCAGGAUUCAUUGGCAUUGUUCAUAAGCUACAAUCUCUAACAUCUGUUUAGGGAAAGUUGAACCCACAAAUGUUGUGGUCUGUAACACACAUUUACCGUAAUGAUGAAUGCAUUUUGGCUUCUAGUUUAGAAGUUUUUGCACAAUGAGCAC